AUGCCCAAGCCUUUGAGUUACUAUCACCAGCCCUACGAGGCCCCUCUAGAACACAGGACCCUUUUCCAACUCCUAGACCAUCAUGCUUCUAAAUUUCCAAAUAAGGAGGCGAUCAUCUACCGAGACGAGAACAACAACCGAAAAUCGCUGACUUUCCAAGAAUACAGGGAUCAGUCCAGGGUUCUUGCAGCCAAAUUGACGGAGUUAGGACUAAGGCGAGGUCACUUGGUUCUCGCCCUGUUGCCCAGUGAAAUGGAGUUCGCUAUCGUCCAAAUGGCGCUUGGGCGGAUUGGGGCUGUUUUCAUGGCGCUCGAAAAAGACGAUGACUUAACAGUCACAAAUCUAAGGGAUCAAAUUCACUGCGUCUUUUAUUCAGUUGACAGCGAUGAGAUGCGAGAUGCAAUACCUAAGGCAGUAGAACUAGAUCAAUUCAAAGCGGCUGUUUACAUUGGGUCCCAUAUCACACCACCAAAUAUGUCAAAGAUCUACGAUUACCACGCGCUUUUUUUACAGGAGCAAACAAGCGAUUACUUAGUCCUAGACCAAGCCGGAGCGGAAGUGAAAAUGGAGGAUCCUUUUGUUGUCCUUUUUACUUCCGGUAGCACAGGGAGACCAAAACCGAUAAUGUACACCAAUCAUGGGUUCGUGAAUGGGGCAAUCGUGACUCAGCAUCUUUACCAUACCAGUCAGGACGCUAUCAUUUUUAGCGAUUCACCGCUGGACUGGAUAACGGGCUUCGGCUUUGGCCUGGCUAUGGUGCCGCUUCUUGGAGCAACGCUUGUCAUGUUUCCGCCAAAUCUGUCAGUCAAAGGACACGUUACCCUAACGAUUUUGGAAAUCAUUGAGGAAGAGAAAUGCACUCAUGGCAUACUUUUGUCUUACCUUUUGAUUGACAUGACGUUAUGCCCAGAAAUCUCGAGGUUUGAUGUGAGCAAUCUCAAGUCCAUUCUGACUGGAGGUCAGCUCAUGGAUAAAGCUCUGAUGAAGAAAGUCCUGGAUACGUCUCUGAUGAAGAAAGUCCUGGAUAUGUCUCUAUUAACCUUGGCUAUGGUUCUACUGAGACGUACAACGUUGCGAGGCAGACGCUGA